AAACUUGGUGUUGAUGUUUCGGACAAAGAGGAUGCGUACGAACCCCUUGCUUGGUCUAAUUUUUUUAACAUUCGUGACGAUAUUGCACUUGAAAGUGGGACAUUUCGAAUAUAUAGAAGAGGUGUCGAGGGUCCUCUUUUAUUUUUUAUUCAUGGUGGAGGCUUCUCAGGGUUAUCUUGGGCUCUCUUAAGCGUAUUUUUUGUUAUAUCCUUAAUUACUGAAGAAGUAAAAUGUCAAUGUCUGGCAGUAGAUAUGCGAGGGCACGGUGAUACAAACUGUCACGAUGAAAACGAUUUCUCUAUUAAUACUCUCGCGACCGAUGUAAUUGAAAUUAUUUUUGCGAUGUAUCCCACAGAGGCACCCCCAAUUAUAUUGGUUGGUCACAGUAUGGGAGGAGCGGUUGCGGUUCACGUAGCUAGUAAACGAAUUGUCCCAUCACUUGCGGGCGUGGUUGUCAUUGACGUCGUGGAAGGUAUAAAUAACUCUCGAUUAUUUUAUCCUAAUGGAGAGAUAAAUUCUAAUUUUGGGUUAUUUUCUUCUGAUAGGAUCCGCUCUUGA